UAUUCUGUUAUUAUGCGCAAAAAAAAUCAUACAACUUUCCUAUUAAAAGUAUCUCGUAUGGUUUUCAAGAUAACCAAAGCGAGUCAAAACUCUAAGGGGUCAUUUGACUCCUUAAACCCGCGUCUUAGCCGAAAUAAAAGAAAUACGUGUCCCUUAUUUUUGCCUGCUUAGCAAACGUACGAACUUUACGUACAUACAGAGGGGGAUACUUCCGUGCCUUUUCUUGUUAGCUUUGGCCACAGUAUAAUAUACUGUGCUUUGACUAUAUGUAGUCUGUAUAGCUCAAUUACCCAAUAUAUAUAAUUUAACAUGUGGAGAAUUUGUGUAGUUUGUAUAAUUUUGUUGAUCUUGCACGUAAUUAGAAAAAUUUGUUUAAAAUUAUGUAAAAGACAUAAAAACGUUUGCGUUCUUGUUCUUGGAGAUUUAGGUAGAAGUCCUAGAAUGCAAUAUCAUGUAACAUCACUUGUAAAGGAAGGUUUUGCGGUAGACUUUAUAGGUUAUCCUGGUUCACUGCCGUUAAAAGAAAUUAGAGAAAAUCCUCUAAUACGUAUUUAUUAUCUUUCUCCACCUCUAAAUAUAGAGAACAAAUUGUCACUUUUUGUAUGUUAUGUGGUAAAAACUUUGUGGCAAACCUUUAAUUUAAUAUGGACUUUAUUGCACAUACGCAUACCAACUCACAUGUUGAUACAAAAUCCGCCUGCAAUACCUACAAUUCCAAUUUGUUGGUUGUAUUGUUUCAUUAUAAAUUCACAACUUAUUAUUGAUUGGCAUAAUUAUGCAUUUACUCUUAUGGGACUUAGCCUAAGAAAUGAUCAUUUGUUUGUAAAAUUUGCAAGAAUUAUUGAAACAUACUUUGGUUUUAAAGCACAUAGUCAUAUUUGUGUUUCUGAAGCAAUGAGGAAUGACUUGCAAUUAAAGUGGAAAAUCAAAGCUGAAGUAUUAUAUGAUCGCCCAACAGACAAAUUUCAUCCUAUAUCAUUAGAGGAGAAACACAUGUUCUUAUUAAAAUUGAGUGAAAAGCAUAAUAUAUUAAAAGGUAAAAAGGAAAAUACAACUAUAUUUACAGAAUUUGUAGACAAUGAGAUACGGUUAUCUUCUAAAAGACCUGGUCUUAUCGUAUCAAGCACAAGUUGGACAGAAGAUGAAGAUUUUUCAAUAUUGUUAAAUGCAUUACAAGAAUAUGAAAAUAUGAUUGUACAAUGUACUUGUAAUUUACCUGAUUUAAUUUGUAUAAUAACUGGUAAAGGUCCGUUAAAAGAAUUUUAUAAAGCUAUAGUAAAAUUAAAAAAUUGGAAACAUGUUACAAUUCUUACACCGUGGCUAGAAAACGAAGAUUAUCCUAAGAUACUAGCUAGUGCUGAUUUAGGUAUUUGUCUUCACAUAUCAUCCAGUGGUUUGGAUUUACCAAUGAAAGUUGUUGAUAUGUUUGGAUGUGAACUUCCAGUGUUCUCAUAUAAUUUUAAAUGCUUAUCAGAACUUGUUAAACAUGGGCAGAACGGAAUGACUUUUUCAAGUGAUAAAGAAUUAACAGCACAAUUAAAAAUGUGGUUUGAAAAUUUUCCUAAUAACAAUGCUCAACAUAUGUUGGAAAGAAGAUUUCGAGAAAAACUGCAUAAAUUUAAACAGGAUCGGUGGCAUAAUAAUUGGACUUUUAUUGUGUUGCCUUAUUUUAAACAAUAGUUCAUUUCUGUACAUAUUAUAAGUAAAAUUCAAAAUGGAGGCAGUGUAUACAUUACCUAAGUAAUGUAGCACUCCUUUAAUUUUGUUGGAAACAUAUAGAUUAUAAUGAUUUCGAACUACUGUAUCAUAUUUUUGUUGGCUAAUGCAUGUAUAAUGUAGGAAAUGUAUUAUAUUAUCUAAAUUGAUUUUGGUAAAGCAGUA